CCGUGUGAAGAGGCUAUCGCGGGGCCCCGGCCGCCUCAGUAUCCGCCGAACCGUCGUCGCGUGGCUCGAUGUCGUCGUCGUGCCCGGCACAUUGCACGAAGAGGAAAGUGUUCCGCCGCUGACCAACCGUCCCUCCAGAUAAACGCACCGUGAACGUCUAACUGAGUCUUCCGAGUUUGCACGGAACGGUAACCGGAAGUAGCACUCCGACCACACGAACGGGCAAGAGCGAGCACUAAAGGACUAAGGAACCGUUUGACGCGAAAUGAGGAGGGUCCACUCGCUACGAUGCAGCUUAGGACUGCUGUCUGCGGUAGCUUUCGUGACGCUAGCAAUCACAACGUCGAACAACCUGUUCGAUAUUUCAGAUUAUCUCUACGGCGUGGAUCACGAUCUGCAGGCGCGAGCUCGUGCAGGAAUCGAAGCCGAGAGGUUUACCUAUCACACAAAAUCCAAGUUUCAGGAUAGGCCAGAGUCCGGCGAUGCUCCUUGCAGAAUCAAACCGGACCGACCAUGUCCUCCAAGCAAGUAUAGAACACCUUCCGGGGCUUGCAACAAUGUCCGACAUCCGGUCUGGGGUACUCGAGGUGCGCCUUUCCUGAAAGCACUGCCACCAGCGUACGCCGACGGUAUCGCAGCACCCCGACAAUCAACGAGGAGGAAUCACGCGCUGCCAACGCCCACGAAGGCAGUCUCGUCCAUCAUAAACUACCUGCAGCUAGUACCGGAAGCUCAUGAGGGUCUGACGAGUUUCUCCGGAGUCUGGUCCGAGCUGGUGCUCCAAGAUAUCGGGAUCACGGUGCACCCGGCGGGUCAGUCGAAUCUCUGCUGCUCGAAGACAUCAAAGCACCCCGAGUGUUUCGAGAUCCGCGACGAAGAAGGCGGAUGCACCAAUUACUGGCGAUCAGUGCCGAGCUUGAGCGUGCACAACUGCAAUUUCGCGGGCAGGGAGCAGAUGAAUGGCGCGUCUGCUUACUUGGACGGUUCACACAUCUACGGGACCACCGAUGAACAGCUACACCAACUGAGAACAUUCAGUCAGGGGAAAGUGGACGUGUCCGCCUGCGAGGUCUGCAACAGUACCGAGGACAGAGCGCUGGGGACGAUGUACGCCGCCUUUCUCAACGAACAUAAUCGAGUAGCAGAGAAGUUGGCCAACGCGAACAAGCAUUGGGACGACGCGAAGCUGUUCCUGGAGGCGCGCAGAGUCGUCGUAGCCCAGAUUCAACAUGUCACUCUGAACGAGUACUUGCCCAGCAUCCUCGGGGAAGGCGCUCGGACCGAUCCCGAGCUGAUGCCAGUCUCGAGCGGAUUCUUCGGCGGUUACUCGUCCGCGAACGUGGGUGGCACUUACGAUGCGGUCGCGUUGGCCGCGCUCCGCGCUCUCACGUCCCUGCGUAAACACGGGUACAACGACGCCACGUGCCUGGAGGACCACGUGGUCGCCUCGGCCAACCGCGUCAGCCUCGAUCUCAGCGAGUCCGCUUUCGAGCCUCGCCUGGACGCCAACGUCCGUUACGUUCACAUAGGCCGCGACCACGGCCUGCCCGGAUACGUCCAUUUUGUCGCCGAUUGUUUCGGAAAUAAUGUCACGAUUCGCAAUUUCGUAGGCUUGGAACGCUUGAUGCGUCCGCAGCACGCGAAGUUGCUAGAGUCUAUUUACUCCGGGGUGGAGGACAUAGACCUGCUCCUGGGUGGUAUUCUGGAGAUCCCGACAAAAGGUGCUGCUGUGGGGCCAACGUUCGAGUGCCUUCUAAAGAGGCAGUUCGUGAAAUUGAGAAACUCGGACCGUUUUUGGUACGAGAACGACCUUCCACCAUCGAGUUUAAGUCCGGCGCAGUUGGCUGAAGUCAGGAAAGUCUCUCUAGCCGGUAUCCUCUGCGCGAACACGGACAUCAAAAAGAUUCAGCCCAAGGCAUUCAUCCAGCAGGAUCCGUACUUGAACGCGAGGAUCGAUUGCGAUCAACAUAGUGUACUCGACGUGAAUGCUUGGAGAGAGGAGCCUCUGCCGGAGGAACCUAUCAAGGACGACUACAUAAGCGAGCCUGUGAAAAAAGGUUCGGUACCCGAACUUAAUCCCAGUUUGAUAGCAGCGGCUGUGAAGAAGGCGGAAGCCGACUUGAUUCAGAGGAAACAAUUGGAGUACAAUUCCUGGUUGCAACAGAGGAUAGCAGAUCCUAAAUCCCCGGCCGGCACUGCUGCCAGUUUCUCUAAAGCUAAUAGGGAUGCUCUGCUGUUGGCUAAUUCGUCAAUCAUGUACGAGCUGGCUACUAAUGAGAUCUUGAACGUUAUACACGGAGAGAGACGCAGAAAACGACAAGUGUUCGACACUACUGACAAUGUUCUCGGUUUCCCCAGCAACGACUUCUCCGAUUUACUGCAGAACGUUGAUAUAUCCGGAUUCCUGGCCCAGAGUAAGCCAACGAAUCACGACGAAGUGGAUUGUCCUGUUGACGACAGCCCAUGCGAUCCUACAACUCCCUAUAGAACUCUCUCAGGCCAUUGCAAUAAUCUUCGCAACCCUAAUCUCGGCAAAUCGUUGACGACUUUCGCCAGAUUACUACCACCGGUCUACGAAGACGGUGUAUCAAAACCGAGAGCCACAUCGAUCACUGGGGCGCCUCUACCCAAUCCUAGAGUGAUUUCGACGGUGAUGCAUCCCGACAUCUCCAACCUUCAUAACCGGUACACGUUAAUGGUAAUGCAGUACGCGCAGUUCCUGGACCACGAACUCACGAUGACUCCGAUCCACAAGGGCUUCGCGGAGUCUAUACCUAGCUGUCGUCCUUGCGACUCUCCCCGAACCGUGCAUCCUGAAUGCAGCCCAUUCCCAGUCCCACCUGGCGAUCAUUAUUAUCCAACAGUGAACGUGUCUUCUGGUGCGCGAAUGUGUUUCCCGUCGAUGAGAUCGUUGCCGGGUCAACAGCAUCUGGGUCCACGUGAGCAGAUUAAUCAAAACACCGCUUUCCUGGAUGGGUCCGUGAUUUACGGCGAGAACACAUGCAUCUGCAACGUACUCCGAGGUUUCAAUGGCCGUAUGAACAUUACGCAGAGUCCGCACCGCGCCGCGAAGGAUCUUCUGCCGCAAUCGGCAACCCAUCCCGAAUGUAAAGCGAAGUCCGGGUUCUGUUUCAUUGGCGGUGAUGGCCGCGCUUCUGAACAGCCGGCUCUAACGGUCAUGCACACGUUUUGGAUACGCGAACAUAACCGAAUCGUUGACGGGUUGAGACAAGUGAACCCACACUGGGACGGUGAGAAACUGUUCCAACAGUCUCGUCGCAUCAUCAGCGCCAUGCUGCAACACAUCACAUAUAACGAGUUUCUGCCGAGGAUUCUCGGGUGGAACGCGGUCACCCUUUACGGUCUGAAACUCCUUCCUCAAGGUUACUACAAGGAGUACUCGCCUACUUGUAAUCCGAGUGUGGUCACCGAGUUCGCCAGCGCUGCUUAUCGGAUAGGGCACUCGCUCUUGAGACCGCAUCUGCCGCGAAUGGAUCGAAAUUAUCAGUCUAUAGAGCCGUCCAUUUUGUUGCGAGAUGGAUUCUUCGAUCCCGACAUGCUUUACCGUCAAGGCAUGCUAGACGAGAUGGUCCGAGGCUUGGUAGCCACCCCCAUGGAGACUUUGGAUCAGUUCAUAACCGGAGAAGUUACCAAUCACCUGUUUGAAAUUCGGGGCAUUCCCUAUUCCGGUAUCGACUUGAUCGCUCUGAACAUUCAUCGUGCUAGGGACCACGGAAUACCGUCGUAUAAUAAUUACAGAGCGUUGUGCAACCUAAAGCGAGCCACUACGUUUGAAGACCUGUCCAGGGAAAUGGCACCGGAAGUGAUAGCUCGCAUGAAACGCAUCUACGCCUCUGUGGAUGACAUUGACCUUUUCCCGGGUGGCAUGAGCGAAAGACCUCUACAAGGUGGUUUAGUUGGACCCACCUUUGCCUGUAUUAUAGCCAUACAGUUCCGACAGUCGAGGAAGUGCGAUCGCUUCUGGUACGAAACCGACGACCCAAACAUACGGUUUACGGAGCAUCAACUGGCCGAGUUGCGCAAAACGACUCUGGCGAAAGUAAUGUGCGAUAACAUGGACGAACACAAUGACAUGCAAAGAGCGGCGUUUGAUUUACCUAGCAACUUCCUUAAUCCACGUGUCCCUUGUAGUUCCAUGCCGCACAUAGAUUUGUCUGCUUGGAGAGAGACCAGACAUGGCUGUCAAAUUGGAGGAAGGAACGUUGCCUUGGGAGAAUCCGGUUUCCCCACACCGUGCACCAGUUGCGUCUGUACAGCUGAGGGCACUCGAUGCGCAUCCUUAAGGAUCACGGAUUGCAAUCAGCUCCUUCGAGAAGCAUCCAGGGAGGCCAUUUUACGUGAUGACGUCUGCACGGCACAGUGCGGCUUCGUUUUAGCUGCUACUGAAGCUACAUCGAGACUCCAACAAUUUACAACACCGAGCAGUUUUCCUGGCUUCGGAGGUCACAGAAACAACCUUAGGAGCGCACCGACGCCGAUCUCCUUCAAUGGCUUCAAGCUGCCCGAUCUCUCGCAGUUCAUAGGUUGAACGAAACAAGAAUUCGUUGAAAUUGUUUAUUAACUAUCGUGUGCGAGAGAUACGUCGUUUUCAUUUGAAAAAACCCCGUACAAUGAUGGUGACCAUACUCGGUUUUGUUUAUUGAACUGACAGGCACACAAUGACGUAUUGUGUGUUAUCGCGUGUACAGCCUUUUCCUCCCAUUGCACUUUUGAAGAGUACGAUUAUGUACCCACGUGGACUUAUUUCGAAAUCCACUUCCAGUACACCGUGUUUUAUUGUUUUUUAAAAGAAAUACCUCUCAUUGUUGUGUUUACUAUAUAGGAUUAUUUGUGUAGAGUGUAAGGGACAUUUGAUUCGCAGAAGAAAGUGCGUACUCCCGGAAAAAUAAGAUACACGGUUAAUACACUUACGCAGUGAGAGAGAAAAGGGAUUCAUACACUGCUGGCUUUCUUUAUAGACUGUUAGUGUUAUUUCCAACGUGAAAGUUAUUAAUAAGAAUUUCGAAUUUAGUUGUUACAUUAAUAAGGAGAGUAUCAGGAUGUAAGAAUCGUUUUUAGCAUGAUACUACAUAAGUAUAAGUAGGAAAUGUACUGUGUCAACAACACUCUCAUAGCGUUCCUCAGAAUUUGACUUUGCUCUUGAAAAAUUUGAAUUAAAAAUUUUGCAUGUUGUUAGUAACUCAGUUAUAAGAUGAAUGAUAAAAGGAAACAACUAUUGCUGCAGUGCCAAUGUAUCAGAUAAAAUUUUGUAUUUUUGUUAUUGUUAUAAUAAUAGAUAUAUUGAUAUCAAUAUUAUGAAUAUUUAUUAUCGUAUCAACAUUUCUCACAUUACAAAACUAUUAUCGAUAUUAUUAACCAAAUAAAAUUUUAUUAGUAAGUAACAAGUAUUAAAUAUUACAUAUUAUUUUAUAUACGUGAUACGCGAUAUAUAUUUUUGUAAUGUAAGAAGUAUCAAUAAGAUAUUAAUUUUGAUAAUAUUAAUGUUCGUAUAGUAAAAAUAUUCAUUAAAAAAAAUACAUGAAAUGAAUUUCGAAUUUUAAUGUAUUACUAAUGUAGUAAACAAACAUGUGGCUGUUACGAGUGCAGUUUUCAUUUUAUAACUAAAUUACUACAUAAGAAAUGCAACAUUUUUACCUUAAAUUUAUUAAAAAUGAAAACCAAUUCCGAACGGUGCCAUACAAAUUUUACAGCACUAAACGUAUAUUACAACUUGUAUUUUUAGUCCCACUUCAAAUGAGUGCCCGAACUCUGGCAGUCCCUUUAUAAGAAAUGUAAUAUGUCAGCAGCAGAAAGUAGUGUAUAAAAAUUUUUUCUCGCUCAUUGUAGCUGUGUAAAAGGUGUCAUUGUCAGUUAAAAAAAAAUUUGUACAGUAAUCUCGUAGUACGUACUUACUAAGCGAAGACAAAGAUGAUACCAAUAAAUUGUCACGGUGUUUGGAAAUAUUGUGACAUUGUUGAAGGGAUGAAAUGUGAAUAUUAUAUUACAUUGGUUGGAUGAGUGAUACGUGUGUUUUUAGAGGGAGAUACACUGGCAGUGUACCAGACAGAACGUUUUUAUACUUGUAUAGUAAUUAUUAUUGCAAAAUAACAAAUGCGAACACAAAAUUUCAUGUCGAGUUUCCUUUUCUUUCUCUCGUUACACCUUCAUCUAAUUUUGUAGUUAUAAUAAUGGGCAUGUAUAACACUAAUAAAUGUUAAUUGUUUCUUUUCUUUUUUCCUUGUAAUAAAUAGUGAACGGCAUGUCCCACACUUCCAUGUCCUAUCAGACUACCAUGAAGUUUGGUCCGCUUUUUAAGUCUUCUCCAGAGUAUCACGUGCAACAGCCUGAUUCAGAAUGGAGCUUAGUUUACAGAGAUCCCCCAUAUUUACAGAGCUAUGACAAUUACCAGCUAGUAAAAUUUCGAGAUUCUUUCCUUGCUGUCCUAUUUCACUUCCACUCAGUAAGUGUCUGUUUUCCACUGUCAAAGUAUUUUUUUUUGUUCCACUAAUCAUGAAUUCCCUGACUUUUAACUGGCAGAAACUUCUUGUUUAUUAUUAAGCACAGCAGCAUUAUCUUGCAUUAUGGGUGCUUGUUCUAUACAUCGCCAAAGACCAUAAGUUUUGCCAACAGUCGUUUGCCAUAAUCUCAGUGUACCAUCUUCGGAGCCACUUGCGUAUAGUUCACCAUCUGGUGAAAAACGUACGCAAUGGACUGGCCCAAAAUGCCCUUUAAA